GGCGCGCUGGGCGCGGCUCGGCCCCGGCGCUGGGGAAGCGGCGGAGGCGCAACAGGUCCGCGGAGCCGAGCCGAGCCCGGCCGUGCCCGGCCGUGCCCAUGGCCGGCCGCGGGCCCGAGCAGGGCUACAUCCGCACCGUGCUGGGCCAGCAGAUCCUGGGCGAGCUGGACAGCUCCAGCCUGGCGCUGCCCUCCGAGGACCGGCUGAAGCUGUCGGGAGAUCGCGCCGGGGAGGAGAAGGCUCUGCGGAUCCAGCGGCAGGUCCAGCAGACGCUGGCCAGGAAGAGCCGGGGCUCGCUGUACAAUGGCAGCCUGCACCGUGCAUCCAGUGUACCAGAGCGUGUCUAUAACAUGGGGAUCACUGAGAUGGAUUCUGCACCAAGGUCUCCCUACAGUUUCUCAUUUUACCAGGCAAACCAGGUUGCCUCCCCAUCCUCUUACACCAACGGCUGGGGGACAAGGAUCGCCUACAGGACGAUGGAGGAGAGAGCUCAAAGGCAGCCUCUGAAGAGACUGGAGGUUUCACCCCAGCGAAGUCCGGACAGGUUGGCCUACAUGCCCAAGGAUUUUCACUACGAUGGAGGGAUCUCAGCUGGGCUCUCCCCGAGGUACGGAGAUGGCCUGAGGUGCAGCGGGACCGUGCCGCCGCGGUACGCCCGCUCCGAGAUCGUCGGCUACAGCCUCCGCGACUCCGUGCACAGGGGACGCUCCUUCAGGAGACACUCCCGCCCGGGGGCUGCCAGUGAUGCUCUCCUUGAUGGUGCCUACCCCGCUGUCCCUCUGUACCACCAGCCUGGCAACAGCCGCAGCAUGAGCAACCUCCUGGAGAAGGAGAACUACCUGGCCUCAGAGAGCGCCGUGGGACAGGUGAGGUCCCCGGCCACGUCCCUCUUGUCUCAGAACAGGCACUCGGUGAGGUCCAGCUUCUACCAAACCACCUUCAGAAACACCCAGAGCAGGAGGGAGGUUUCCCAGCCAGCUUCCAUAGGCAGUGUCACUGCAGAAACGGAUGGGAAGAGGAUGCCGGUGACAGCUGCUGUGGCCGCAGCAGGGAGGAAUGGGUUCCUGCAGAGCGAGCAAGCGACCCUCAAUGGAUCUCAGCUGGGGAGCCCAGAAGUGGAGAUGACCCUGGAGCGUGCAGUGAACAUUCUGAAGAGUGAAAAUACACAGUCCACCCCCAGGAUCCUUGCUGCAGUGACUUUCAUACAGCAUGAGUGCUUCCAAAAAGCAGAUGCCAGGAGAAAAGUUUUCUCUCUUGGUGGUAUCCCCAAGCUUUUGCAGCUCCUUGAGGUUCAGAAUGAGGACAUUCAGCGGGCAGCAUGCGGUGCUCUGAGAAACUUGGUGUUCGAGGACAAUGACAACAAGCUGGAAGUGUCAGAGCAGAAAGGGAUCCCUCUGCUGCUCCGCCUGCUCCGGCACAGCAGGGACAUAGAGACCAAGAAGCAAAUCACAGGUUUGCUGUGGAACCUGUCCUCCAAUGACCAGCUGAAGCACCUGUUGGUCAGAGAAGCCCUGCAGACACUGACUGAGGCUGUCCUCAUCCCCUACUCAGGCUGGCCAGACAGAGAUUACCCAAAAUCAAGUGUUCUACCUGACCCUGAUAUCUUCUACAAUGCCACAGGAUGCCUGAGAAACAUGAGCUCUGCUGGCCCAGAAGGAAGGAAGAAGAUGAGGGAAUGUGAGGGCCUGAUUGAUUCUCUUGUGUAUUAUAUCCAAGGAGCUAUUGCAGACCAUGAGCCCAAUGACAAGGCCACAGAGAACUGUGUGUGUAUUCUUCACAAUCUUUCCUACCAGCUAGAGAUAGAGCUCCCUGAGAGCUAUGCCCAGAGCAUAUAUGUGCAAAGAAGAAAUAUUUCUAACAAUGAUAAAACACCAGGCUGUUUUGGAACACGGAGCAGAAAAGUAAAAGAGAAGCAGCAGGACACCCCGCUUCCCGAGGAAAAGAGCAAUCCCAAAGGUGUUGAGUCGCUCUGGCAUUCUACACUGAUUAGGAUAUACCUCUCCUUAAUAGCAAAGAGUACCAGAAACUACACCCAGGAAGCAUCCCUGGGAGCUCUCCAGAACCUCACAGCUGGCACUGGACCAAUGCCAUUGGCAGUGGCCAGGACUGUGGUUCAGAGGGCCAACGGGCUCCCGAGCAUCCGCGCCAUGCUGCACGUCAGCCAGCCCGCAGUGAAGAAGACAGCGGUCUCCCUGCUCAGGAACCUGUCCCGAAACACCUCCCUGCAAAAUGACAUAGCCAGAGAAGUCCUGCCUGACCUGGUGGCAGUCCUGCCUGAGUGUGUGCCAGGCUCUGAGGUUGCCUGUGAAACCACAGCAUCCAUCUGCUACACCCUGUUCAACCUGACCCAGGGCAGCUCGCACAACGCCCGGCUGCUCCUGAGCACCCACGGCCUGCCCAAGGUCACUGCCAUCAGCAUCAGUGAUAGCAAUAUGUUCAGCAAAGCCAGCAGGGCUGCUUCAGUCCUCCUCUACUCCCUGUGGUUACACACUGAUCUGCACAGUGCCUACAAAAAGGCUGACUUCAAGAAGGCAGAUUUCAUCAACAGCAGGACCACAAAAGCCUACAACUCACUGAAAGAUUGAGUCAGAGCAAAAUGCCAGGAAAACAGAGAUGAUACAGCAGCCUGUGCAACCAUCUUCACAGGCUUGGCGUCACCAUCAUGAUCCACAAAGCAUCUCAGAAAAAAAGGAGCUGAUUUGCUAUAAAGACUUGAGUGGCCAGAGAGUAGCUUGUUUGAGUUUUUAAUCCUAAUCACCUCGUUGUCACUGACAACAUCAGUACCAGUGUAUCAACAUCAAUACAAAUGUCAAUACAAGAAUAACCAAAGAUGGAUUCUCCAGGAUGUCUGAGGUGAAGAUUCAUCCAGGUUUACCACUAGUCAGAGCUCCAGAUGACUGUCUUUGUUCUAUACAGAGGAGUUUGAAAUGCUGGUGGGCAGCAAAUUCUUUUCAGACUGUUUUAUACCAAAAGUUUUCUACAGUGGGUAAGCAUCAAGUACACUGCUCAGAAUUUAGUAAUUUUUCACUCUUUUUUUUCUUCACACAGCUGAAUAAGAAUCUCCAGACUCUAUGAGUAAGCACAAGAAGCUGUUUCACUACAUGAAUUAUAAAAGCACCAAUGAAGUUAAAAUUACUAUUUUUGUAUUGCUUGUUUUCAUGGGCUCACUGGUUCUUAAGCCUCUUUCCUUUGAGAUUUCAUCAGCAACAGCAGCAAAACUUAUUUUACAUAGAUCUUACCAUCCCUUGCUCCUCUCAUCCUCCCUCACAUUGCUGUUGCAUUUUACAACUGUGUCCAGAAAGGAUUUUAACUAGAACCACUAGGUUUAAGGCACUCUGUUUCAGACACUUUGGGCUGAAAUUAAGCUCACCAUUCUUUGCUAGUUGGUGGAGAAAUUAUUUGUGGGUGUUUCAGUGAUUAUUUUAAGAAAAUUAAAAUUUCAAAACAAUUCUGUUGAUUAUAUAUAAUAAAGGGAGUGGAGUUUUGCCUUUAUUUUUGAAGUAACAGACAAGCACAAGAGGCUGGGCUCUGUGCUGAUUAAGGAAUUCAUCUAAUCCUGCUUCAUAUUCUCUUACUUGAAAUGAUCAUCCUCCCUACAGCAAUUACAUGCAAAGUGAUAACUUUGGGACUAUGCCUGGGAAUAGGUAAUAGGAGGGGAAAAAAAUCCUGAGGACCUGAAGGCUCAGGUUUUCAUUACAUGAUGCUCAAGAUGGUAAAGAAGCACUUAAAAAAAUCCCAUCUGCUACAUUUAGUAAGUCAGAUUUUUCUCAAAAAACCCCACAAACCCAGGGGUUAGACUGUCUAUUAAACCAGCAGGAAAUUCUCAUAUAAAUAAGAAUUUAUCUUUGCUGGGUUAUCAACAGAUGUCAACACCAUCCCAAAAAAAACCUCAUUUCCUCUCAAACCACGACAAGAUGUGAUCUGGCAUUACUCUUCUGAAAUCAGGGGAGGUGAGCUACCUUUAUGGCAAUGGAUAUUUUGUCAUGUGUAUUUACAAGCCCUUCUGCUCCAGCAGAGCCCAUCCUGUACCCUCACUGCUGAACUUGUCCAGGAGAUGAAAAAUCCUUGGAGCAGGGACCUCACAGGGGAGGUCACCAGCCCUCCUCGUUUCAACACUCCUGGCUAGAGGUCUGGCUCCUACCAGAAAUGUAGAACCAGUGGGUUGUACCACUGCACCGUGUCCAAACAUAUUUCUGGGUAUCUGGGAGCUGAAUUCUGCUGGCAGAUGCCCACAGCUCUCCAGGGAGUCCCAGAAAGUCCCACACGUGCAGACAGGACAGAAUGUGCCCCGGGGAGGGAAGCAAACAACGCUGCUUUCCUGUCACUGAUCGUUUCCAGAGGGCUGUUAGUCCUCCUCAUUUGCUUUGAAUAACUCCAAUCAAGUGCACUCCAGUAGGAGGUUUUAAAAAUACUAUUAUUUUUUGUAGGAUGUCAUAUUCAAAAUACUGCAGGUCCAAAAACAACACGGGGAAAGGGAACUUACAGCACAGCAUGUUGAGGGAAUUGUUUUUAUAACUUUUUCCAAUAUGAUAGAAAACAGACAAUUAAAAUCCAACUUUCUCUUCUCACUUGUUAACCCAAGUAACUCUGCUUGUGCCAUGAAAGAAUGAAUACCAGCAAACCUGGACAAGUCUCCUUUUAUUACCCAAAAGAAGUGGUAGGCAAAAUUAAUACGGAAAGAGUAAACCUGAAUACACAGUAGCAUAGGAAUGAAGAAUUGCAGUCUAAAAGAUGAAGAAGGGAGCUUUUAGAAAUGCUCAUGCAUUUAGUCUUAUUAAACUCACAUGGUAUUUAAGAAACAAAACAAGCAAUGGUGUUGGGUACUUUUAAAUAUAUGUGUACCUCUCAGUAAGAUGUCCUUAAAAAGGAAAUGCAGAGGUUUUGGGUUGUUUCCACCACUGAUCCAGUGAUUUUAAAGGUCUUUUUCAACUGAAAUGAAUCUAUGAUAGUGCCCCUUUAAAAUCAAAGCAGUGUUCAAAAGUCACAAAGAAUUAUCUCAGUCCUGGCAGCAACACCAGAAACAUGAGACACGCCUUAUUACAACUGAUCUCCUACUUGUAUGCAAUCAAAAACACUUCAGCAGGGCUCCAAAGAAAACAAAGCAGAGAAAUAAUAAAGUGCUCUCUCUAAUGCAAAAAA